AUGCCUCAAGCUCCUCAGUUCAGCGGAAUCUCAGUGAAAGUGUUCUGUCUGAUGAAUGACACACACCAGCUGGAGUAUGUCACACUGCCAAAUGAAAACAUUGGAAACUUUCCUAAAAGGUCAAAUAAUGACUGUGGAAGUGAAGAGCCAUAUUUAAGAGCUGCUGGUGUUGGCAAGGAUGGAGUAACUGUGUAUCAAAAGAUCAGAAUUAUUCCAUCGACCAUGAGUGUUUUGAGAACUGACACUACCUUCACCAGCGGGAACAAGACGAAGCCACAUAAGUACGGUAAAGCAGAGGAUUGUUACUCAUAUAAGGGAGCAUGCAAACGAAUAGGAACCUUUCACAUUGAUACCCUUGGCACAGGAAUGAAGUUCGCCACUGACCUCAUGUGGACUGGAACAGGAAGCUCGUCUAAAGUGCACAGUAUUACCCGGACACAGGAUGGCGCCAUCAUUGAUCUGGUGUGUGGAGGCUGGUGUGCGGGAUGUGUUCCUAUUGGAGACAUGGUCCUCUACCCAAACAGUCAGGAUAUUCAGCCAUAGACCUGGUGUGUGAAGGGUGUUGGUUUAUGGUGUCGAUGACGGUUCGCUUGUAGUGGUGAGAUCCUCACGGACACAUGGACCUGGAUAUUCAGCCAAUGUUGUACAAUUUUCAAACUGAAUUUGAAAAAAGUAAAUGGUUGAUCAUAUGGCAGUGUAAGUAAGUGUACGCAUAUGUUUCAACUGGUUGAUGUUGUUACCGGGGCUGCUGGCCUGCUGUGUAGUGCAGGCUGCUAUACUCUGACA